GUGCUAUCCCGGGAGGUGGAGGAGGAUGAGUCCGCGGCCGGUUGUUUGGCUGCUGCUGCUGCUGGCUGCCCUCCUGCUCAACGAGGAGCGGAGCAAAGCAGCUGCAAAGGGUUGUUCUGGUUCUGGCUGUGGAAAAUGUGACUGCCAUGGAGUGAAAGGCCAAAAAGGUGAACGAGGUCUUCCAGGAUUACAAGGUGUCAUUGGGUUUCCUGGAAUGCAAGGGCCUGAAGGUCCUCAUGGACCUCCGGGUAAUAAGGGGGAUGCUGGAGAACCAGGAUUACCAGGAACAAAAGGAACAAGAGGGCCACCAGGUUCAUCUGGUUAUCCUGGAAACCCUGGGCUUCCUGGUAUCCCAGGCCAAGAUGGUCCACCUGGUCCUCCUGGUAUCCCAGGAUGUAAUGGUACAAAGGGUGAUAGAGGUCCAGUGGGUCCUCCUGGUUUGCCUGGAUUUUCUGGGAUAGCAGGGCCCCCCGGAUUGCCAGGAAUGAAGGGAGACCCAGGUGAAAUCCUUAGUCUAAUCCCAGGCAUGCCAUUGAAAGGUGAAAGGGGAUUUCCUGGACCCCCUGGACCAAUGGGGCCAAGAGGAAAUCCAGGAUUGCCAGGCAUGGAUGGUCCACCAGGAUAUUCAGGACCACCUGGUCCACCAGGUCCUCCAGGACUUCCAGGUGAAAAGGGUCAAAUGGGUUUGAGUUUUCAAGGACCCAAAGGUGACAAGGGUGAGCAAGGUGUUAGUGGACCUCCAGGUGAACCAGGACAAGCUCAAAUAGGAAAAAAGGGAGAUUUUGCUACUCAAGGACCAAAAGGUGAAAAAGGAGAACGUGGAGUUCCUGGAGUACCAGGUGAAAGACAGAAAGGUGAACCUGGUAAACUAGGGCCUCGAGGGAAAGCUGGAAAAGAUGGUGAAAAAGGAGAAAAGGGGAGUCGAGGUUUUACAGGUGACCAAGGACUCCCGGGAUUACAAGGCAGAGAGGGUGCUAAGGGAGACAGAGGACAACCUGGCCCUCCAGGCUUACCAGGCCCUGUGAUAAGCACACAACCAGGGGGUGAAAAAGGAGAGAAGGGAUAUCCAGGUGCUCCAGGAUUAAAAGGCGAACCGGGUCAAAAAGGUUUUCCAGGUAGUCCAGGCCUACCAGGUCCUCCAGGCUUCCCAGUCCCAGGGCAAAUUGGUGCUCCUGGCUUUCCUGGUGAAAGAGGAGAAAAGGGUGACCAAGGUCCCCCAGGACAAUCAUUGCCAGGAACAAGUGGAAGAGAUGGGUUCCCAGGACCGCCCGGGCCUCCUGGGCCUCCUGGCUUACCAGGCCAUACAAAUGGAAUAGUGGAAUGCCAGCCUGGACCCCCUGGAGAUCAAGGUCCACCAGGAAGUGCUGGGCUACCCGGAUUGACAGGAGAGAUGGGAGAAAAAGGUGAGAAAGGUCAAGGUUGCCUAACCUGUGAUUUAGAUGGACGGCCUGGACCUCCAGGUCCACAAGGACCACCAGGGGAAAUAGGUUUUCCAGGACAGCCAGGUGCCAAGGGAGACAGAGGUUCACCUGGACGUAAUGGUCUUGAAGGAAUGCCUGGGCCUCCAGGUUUGCCAGGACUGAGGGGUGAGCCAGGAGCAAAGGGAGAGCCUGGAGAGAUUUACUUUGAUAUACAACUCAAAGGUGAAAAGGGAGAGCCAGGUUUUCCAGGACAACCAGGUGCCCCAGGAAGGGCAGGAACACCUGGAAGAGAUGGCCAUCCAGGUCUUCAGGGUCCCAAAGGCUCACCGGGUUCAAUAGGACUAAAAGGAGAACGUGGUCUCCCUGGAGGAGUUGGAUUUCCUGGGAGUCGUGGUGACAUAGGCCCCCCUGGCCCACCAGGAUUUGGCCUGCCUGGUCCAGUUGGUGACAAAGGGCAAGCAGGUUUUCCAGGAAGCCCUGGGUCACCAGGCCUCCCAGGUCCUAAGGGUGAAGCAGGAACAGUUGUUCCUCUACCUGGUCCCCCUGGGGCAGCAGGAGUUCCAGGACCACCAGGUUUCCCAGGACCCCAAGGUGACAGAGGUUUUCCUGGCACCCCAGGAAGACAAGGACCUCCAGGAGAAAAAGGUGCUGUUGGCCAACCAGGAAUAGGGUUUCCAGGACCCCCAGGGCCAAAAGGUGUUGAUGGCUUACCUGGAGCUGUUGGUCAGCCUGGAAGUCCAGGUCGUCCAGGAUUUGAUGGUUUACCAGGGAAUCCAGGUAUUCCAGGACAAAAGGGUGAGCCUGGAGUAGGUCUACCAGGUCCCAAAGGAUCAUCAGGUCUUCCUGGCAUUCCAGGCCUUCCUGGUGAAAAGGGAAAUGUUGGUAACCCAGGCAUCCCAGGAGAACAUGGACUUAUAGGACCACCUGGGCUACAAGGACUCAGAGGUGACCCAGGGCUUCAAGGAAUCCAGGGUCCAAAAGGUGCCCCUGGAGUGCCAGGAAUAGGCCCUCCCGGAGUUAUGGGCCCCCCUGGAGGACAGGGACCACCAGGAUCAACAGGUCCUCCUGGAAUCAAAGGAGAGAAGGGUUACCCUGGUUUCCCAGGAUCAGAUAUGCCAGGACCAAAAGGAGAUAAAGGAAGUCCAGGUCUUCCUGGCUUAACAGGCCAAAUAGGGUUACCUGGGCCUCCUGGCACACAAGGAACUCCUGGACUUCCAGGCUUUCCAGGUCCCAAGGGAGAAAUGGGAGUAAUGGGGACCCCUGGUCAGCCAGGUCCUCCUGGACCAGCGGGUAGUCCAGGAUUCCAAGGAGUAAAAGGUGACCAAGGUUUCCCAGGUACAACAGGACCCAGGGGUGAUCCAGGUUUCAAAGGUGAUAAAGGUGAUGCUGGUCUCCCUGGACAGCCAGGAUCAAUGGAUAAAGUGGACAUGGACAGUAUGAAGGGCCAGAAAGGAGAUCAAGGAGAAAAAGGACAAACUGGGCCGAUUGGAGAUAAAGGGGCCAGAGGAGAUCCUGGCACUCCAGGAGUACCUGGGAAGGAUGGACAAGCAGGAACUCCAGGCCAGCCAGGUCCUAAAGGUGAUCAAGGUCUUGGGGGAUCGCCAGGUGCUCCAGGACUACCAGGACCAAAGGGUUCUGUUGGUGGAAUGGGCUUGCCAGGGUCACCUGGAGAAAAAGGAGCACAAGGAAUCCCAGGCUCUCAAGGUAUCCCAGGCUUCCCCGGAUUAAAAGGAGAAAAAGGAGUGAAAGGAGAAGCAGGUCGCCCAGGCAUUGGGACUCCUGGACUUCCUGGUGAAAAGGGAGACCCUGGACCUUCAGGUUUUCCAGGAAGGCCUGGAGAGAAGGGAGAGAAGGGAAGCCCAGGGAUGCCAGGGAUGCCUGGUCCCCCGGGGCCUGGAGGAUCACCUGGGAAUGUUGGCUAUCCAGGGAGCCCUGGAAUGCCUGGAGAGAAGGGUGACAAAGGACUUCCUGGUUUGGAUGGCAUUCCUGGAGUUAAAGGAGAUGCAGGUCAGCCUGGCCUUCCAGGUCCAACAGGUCCAAGUGGCCAAAAAGGUGAACCAGGUGGUGAUGGAAUUCCAGGAUCAGCUGGUGAGAAGGGUGAACCAGGUCUUCCAGGAAGAGGACUUCCAGGAUUUCCAGGUUCCAAAGGAGAAAAAGGUUCCAAGGGCGAGUUGGGUUUCCCAGGAUCAGCAGGGAGCCCAGGAAUCCCUGGACCCAAAGGAGAACCAGGAUUUAUGGGUCCUCCGGGUCCCUCAGGGCAACAGGGAUUGCCUGGAGUACCUGGCCGAGCAGUGGAGGGUCCCAAAGGAGAUAGAGGUCCACAAGGUCAACCUGGGAUACCUGGUGUUCCUGGACCCAUGGGUCCUCCAGGCCUCCCAGGACUUGAUGGAGCAAAAGGAGAAAAAGGAAAUCCAGGUUGGCCAGGAUCCCCAGGUGUUCCAGGAGCUAAGGGAGACCCAGGAUUUCAGGGAAUGCCUGGUAUUGGUGGUACACCAGGAAUCACAGGUUCUAAGGGUGAUAUGGGACCUCCAGGUGUUCCAGGAUUUCAAGGUGCCAAAGGUUCUACUGGCCUUCAGGGACUCAAAGGAGAUCAAGGAGAUCAGGGAUUCCCAGGCUCAAAAGGUCUUCCAGGACCACCUGGUCCCCCGGGUCCUUACAGCCUAAUCAAAGGAGAGCCAGGUAUCCCUGGUCCUGAGGGGCCAGCAGGGCUUAAAGGUCUUCCAGGCCCUCCAGGUCCUAAAGGACAACAAGGUGUAACGGGAUCUGCAGGUAUUCCUGGACCACCUGGUAACCCAGGGUUUGAUGGUGCACCUGGGCAAAAAGGAGAACCAGGCCCUUUUGGUCCUCCUGGUCCAAAAGGACAUCCUGGUCCACCAGGUCCAGAUGGGCUGCCAGGUUCAAUGGGUCCUCCGGGUACUCCCUCUGUAGAUCAUGGAUUCCUUGUUACCAGGCAUAGUCAAACCAUAGAUGAUCCACAGUGUCCCCCUGGGACGAAAAUAAUCUACCAUGGCUAUUCUUUGCUCUACGUGCAAGGGAAUGAACGAGCACAUGGCCAGGACUUGGGUACAGCUGGAAGUUGUCUACGCAAAUUCAGUACCAUGCCAUUCCUUUUCUGCAAUAUUAACAAUGUUUGCAACUUUGCAUCUAGAAAUGACUACUCCUAUUGGCUGUCUACUCCUGAGCCCAUGCCAAUGUCAAUGGCACCUAUUUCUGGUGAAAAUAUUAGGCCAUUUAUUAGUAGGUGUGCUGUAUGUGAGGCUCCUGCCAUGGUGAUGGCAGUCCACAGCCAAACAAUCCAAAUACCACAGUGCCCUAAUGGAUGGUCAUCCCUUUGGAUUGGCUAUUCUUUUGUUAUGCACACCAGCGCUGGUGCCGAAGGUUCUGGCCAGGCCCUAGCAUCCCCCGGUUCCUGUCUAGAAGAAUUUAGAAGCGCACCCUUCAUUGAAUGCCAUGGCCGUGGGACUUGUAAUUAUUAUGCAAACGCUUAUAGCUUCUGGCUUGCUACUAUAGAAAGAAAUGAAAUGUUCAAGAAGCCUACUCCAUCGACUUUGAAAGCAGGAGAACUGCGCACACACGUUAGCCGCUGCCAAGUCUGUAUGAGAAGAACAUAAUGACUCCCAGUCUCAGCUAACGUCACAAUAUGGUGCUAUUCAUUUUUUAACAGCAAUGAACCCUAGAAAUAUAUCCUGUGUACCUCACUGUUGUCGAAUAAGAAAACAGUAAAGUGCCUUAUAGGAAUUUGCAUAACUAACACGCCUUGCUUUAUUGGUCCUCUACUUGCUGAAGAAGAAAAAAGACAACAAUAAGCUUCACAUAUCGACAUACCAAAUGGCACUUUUUUAUUUAAGAAAAAAAAAAAGAAAGAAAAAGUCUAUGUGCUAUAAUGUACUGAGUGUAAAGCCACAGCUCAGUCAGAAAAAUCAAGAGGUGCUAGGAGGUAUGCAGUGACUUACAUACUGUUUGACUCCCCCUUGACAUUUUUUUUAUUAUAUUUAGAUUCAUUUUUGCCCCCCUCCCAGAUAUAAAUGUUGUUUAUACCAUUGUCUAGCUUUUUCCAAAAUGGUAGGUCCUUUGAUAUGUACUUACUGUUCCUGUACAAAUAAUAGUAAUGUAAAAAAAAAGUUAUGGGAUUACCAAAUAUGAUUAAGGAGUAAAUAGCCAUAUCUUCCAAACCAAAUGCAUAAAUUUAUAUUUCUCUGCUCUGUGUGGUACUAUGCACCUGCUUUUGCAGAAAAAAACACAACUUUCCUGUGGAAUAAAGAUGGUCCAAAUGUGGUCAGAAAUAGAUAGAUAGAUAUAUAUAUAUUUAGUAAUUUAUAUAGAUGUCAGCAAUUAGGCAAAUCAGGUUUUGGGUUCUAGUUCCACUAUUAAAAUGAAGCUUAUAUAAGUUUUCUUCUUUUCAGAUUUGUUGUCCUUUACGUGAGCUAUGAAAGAAUAGAAUAUUUAAUGUGAAACAUCAGUUUUAUUUCAUCAUUCACUUAAAUACCAAAAUUUUAUGGUGCCAAAGACAAAUCCAGGUUCAUGGCUAUUGUGUUUAAUAUAGUAAAACAUGUACUUUGAGCUUGCUGUUUUUAUCCUGUAUUUAAUAUUUUCAGGGUUUUAAACACUAAUCACACACUGAAUGACUUGAUUUAAAAAACUUAAAAAGGCCUUAAUCUUAUGAGUAUUUUUCAUUCUCUAGACUGGUAUAGAAAACAAGCACCGUCAAAUCCCUAUGGCUGCAUUUUUACAUUUAGGCCAUAUUCUGCUCUGUUAUUCACGAACUAUUGUGAAAACGGUUCUCACUGACCAAAGGAGAACCUGGGCAUGUAUUUACAAGAAGGCAGAAUGGACCUUUGUGUCUAAAACAAUAUUUCUCUAGGAGAUUCCAAAGAUUUUUUUUAAAAAAAAAAUACUAAGGCCAUUUUUAAAAAUGUGUAUUUCUUAAGAAUUAAAAUUUGUAAUAAAAAAUAUUUGUGUAAAAAAAGAGCUUUAAUUAAUUUGUUGUUAGUGUUGACCCAGCGCUUUUAAAAAGAAGUUACUGCAUAAGUCAUUAAUAAAUUUGCAAGCCUUCCACAA